GAAAAGUAGUGAUCCAAAGCAAGUAUCCUUCCAGAUCCUUGGUCAGAACAAAUAUGGAUCUAAUGACUUCAAACUCCCAGAUUUAUCAGGUCAGAAAUAGUAAGCCACUGUCACCAGCAAUUUCUCAUGAGAAGGCGAAAUAUUUCUAUACCCCUCAUUUCCAGAAGAAGCACAAAGUACAUAGUUCCAUAGCAAGAGAGCUACUAUUUGGAGGAACUCAUAGCAAGGGAAGUCACAAAAGCUCCCACAGAUCUGUUGCUGAUAGUUAUGACCUGAACUACCAGAAGCUUCUAAAGAACACUCAAAACCAGAACUUGAAAGAGCAGAUGCUUAAUCCCAAAGAUGAAGGUGCCCAGAGAGACAUCGUUAGUGAGAUAGAUUACUCUGAUCAGAAGUCCAUUAAGUCUGUGCUGACCUCUGUGACUAAGUCAAGUCGGUACAGGAGUAACUUGACUAAAGAGUCCCUCAGACAACUUGAUAAAGGCAAAUAAAAUUAUUACGAAAGGUGGCGGAGGCAGUAUUUACUCAGACGCGAUGAGCAUGAGAUCUAAGAUGUCCAAAUUCAGUCGCAGAACACAUAGCUUGGCUGAUAAGAAAGACCAAGAACACCUUGAAAAAGUUAAUGAACAAGAAGAAAUUCAGCAAGAACAGAAAGAGGAGGAGUUCCAAAAAUGCCAUAUCUGUGAAAAUGAGCUUACUAUUGAAGAGUCGGUUUUUAACUCCCAGAUUGUAGAUUAUAAGCAAAGUAAAGAUUCUACCAGCCAGCAACCACUUGGUAGUGCAGAUAAGCUUGAUAAGAUCUCUGAAUUCGGACAUGAUGUGCUUAAAGCUGGCAUCGAUUUUGAUAAAAAUAACCUACUCUGUGCUAAAUGCAUGUUUGAUUUGUUUGUAACUAAAGGAAUCGUACCUCAAACAAAGCAGUCUUACGAAGCAAUCAGGAAGAGAGCUAGCAGCGAAACAAGAAGUGAUGCUGGAUUGAGAAAUGGUGACACAGAUGACAAAAUACAGAAAGAGAUUAUUAAAGCUAAACAUCUAGGAAAUAAUAUUUCUGGAAUUCAGCCAAAGUCUAGUCUCAUCGCAGCCGCUGAGAGUACCUUUAACGGGUACAGUUUUAAACCGUCUAUGAGUCAUAAGCAGAAUCAUUUAGCUAGUAAUUUCUCUGAGUUGACUGGAUCAACUAGUUUCAUUGAUCAGUCUCAGUUUAAUAAUACUCGAGCAUUAAUGAAGUUUCCAAAGUUGUUGUCCAAGGGAAAGAUCAAUACCCAAGACUUGUACGCUCAGUUGAGUAACCUGAGGCCAGGGAUCCCUUCUUCAACUACCAAAGAAGAGCAUGGUUGGACUCCCUUCCAGAAUAUGCAGGUUGAUAGACAUCAUCAUAGAAAAAAGAAUGAUAUCUCAGAAUAUAGUGAUGCUUUGUUCUCCCAUGCCCCUUCUUAGAUAAGACUUGAGAAAUAAGAUUUCAAUGCAUGAAA